AUAGUUGUCUCUGAUUCCAUAUAAAUUUAUUACAAUGUAACAAUGGCUACGAAUCUUCAAAGAUUAGGACUUAUACAUUGAAUUUUGUAACGCAUUUCCUUCAAUUCCUUUACAAGAUUGUAAUCGAUUUGAAUACAAUUUCUUUGUUAAUGCAAAAAUUGAGAUAGUUGCCUCCUGGCCUUUAGCAUUAUUUAAAUAGUACCAACUGCUUCUGUUUAGAGUCUAUUUUGUAUAAAAUUCUAUACAAGAUUUAAUUGAAAAGAGAUCCUCUAAUGGCUAGUGAUGAGGAGAAUGCCACUGAGAUAAAUACCGUAAAUAUGGAUUUGAGGGCAAGUGAACUCAAUUCUUAUCCUUCAUUAAAAUGCUCCUGCCAUGCAUUAGAAUCAAAAUAUGAUAACAAAACUGCAAGGAAUCAACUAAUAAUUGUAUCCAUUUUAUGCACAAUAUUUAUGAUUGGAGAGAUUAUAGGUAUUAGUUAAUUUAUUAUAUAUUAAUCAACUACUCUACUAACAAUCGUUCAGAGUUCAAUAAGACAAUUAUUAACUAUUCACAAUUUUUCCGAAAGUUCCAUCUUUCAACAAUCGAUAAACAUUUUUCUUUGCUUGUUAGGAGGAAUAACAGCCAACAGUUUGGCUUUAAUGUCAGAUGCCCUUCACCUUGGGAGUGAUUUGGCCGGUUUUCUCGUUAGCCUUUUCGCUCUAUGGUUGGCCAAACGUCCGCCGAGUGCAACAUUAACUUAUGGGUAUUAUAGGGCAGAAGUUGUUGGCGCUUUAAUAAGUGUGCUAAUUAUAUGGUUAAUUACUGGGAUCUUAAUUUAUGAAGGUGUACAAAGAAUUAUAAAUCGAAAUUACGAACUAAAACCACUAUGGAUGCUAAUUACGGCAAUAGUUGGUGUCAUUUUUAAUUUAGUCAUGGGAACAGUAUUACAUUGCGGAAUAGAGAGAUGCAAAAUUCCACAUGGUCACUCCCAUGGAUCCGAUACGGAAGUAAUUAUCGAAAACGAUGUUCUUUCGUCGAACAAUAAUAACCAUGAUAAUAAUAAUAGUGAAAACGAAAAUCAAGAGCCUAUAAUCGUAGAGAAUUCAAAAAAAAAGAACAUUAAUGUUAAUGCAGCUUUAAUUCAUGUCAUUGGAGAUUUUGUACAGAGCUGUGGAGUCUUGAUUGCAUCUAUUAUUAUUUUACUUAGGCCAGAAUAUAAAAUAGCCGACCCUAUUUGCACGUUCAUCUUUAGUAUUAUCGUCCUAUUUACAACUAUUACAGUUUUAAAGGAUAUUAUCGUUGUAUUUAUGGAAGGCUCACCUAACCGUAAUCGAAUUAUUUUAAUGGAACGAGACCUUCGUUCUAAUUCAUCAGUUUUGUCUGUACAUGAUUUACAUAUAUGGGCUUUAACUACAACAAGAUUAGUCGCAUCUGUGCACCUUGUUGUCGGAUCAGAGCAGGAUUAUGUUUCUGUAGAGAAAUUUGCCACUAAACUCUUGAAAGAGAAAUACGGAAUGUCUAAGACUACUGUUCAAAUUGAUGUUUUCAAUAGCGAAUGUGAUGUUUGCAGGACUCUAUAGCCUAUAAUUUUAAAGUUAAUUAAUUAGAAUAUAUGAAUGAAUAUUUAAUACUUUUUUAAUUACAUAGUAAAGAACGAGUUUUUCCUAAAUGUCUUUUCUUCACCGAAUAUACGAGAUAAUUAAAAUCUAAGCUUCUUUAAAGUAGAAUCAAAUUUCCUUGGAAAAAAAAACUCUUUAAGUAUAAACUGUGGUUCUUUAUAGGUUCAAUCCGAUAUCAAGACUGAUAAAUAGGCCUAGCAAAAUGUUAAUUGCGUGUUUGAAAAUUGAUAUUUGUUAUUUUAGAAAGAAAUAUUUUAGUUGAUUAUUAUCAUAACAUUUUAUUUCAUGUUGAACAACUCUUUCCAACACAAAGUUAACUCUGUUUCUUGUCCAUGGCACAUUACAAGAAAAAGGCCUUGACCUUAAUUGAUUAUUAGACUGAUAAAGUGUAACCUUU